ACCCGUGAAGCCAACGGCGAGACCCCGUGCUAGGCUCUCCAGUCACCAGCGUUAUCAGCUGAGCCGUCCCCUCUCGCUUCGCUUGGCUUACCACGCAUCAGUGAUCACCGAGUCACUGACGCCUUGCCCGAAACCAAAUUAUUGACCGACAACGCGAUGCUCCAAGGGGUGCUGUCCCGCGCGCCCGCCACCGACGCUGCGGCAGCAAUGAAGGCCAAGCGGGCGGGCGCGUCCCCCGGCGAAGAGGAGGAAGGGGACGGCCGUUCUGCGCGGGGGAAGCGACAGCAGCUGCUCGGGCUUGGCCCCGCCACCGCUUUGGCGUCGGCGGCGGCGGCGGAGGAAGGGCCGGAGACGCGAGGCCUGCGGCUGCUCAGCCUGCUGCUGCGGUGCGCGGAGGCGGUGGCCAUGGACCAGCUGACGGAGGCGCGGGAGCUGCUCCCCGAGAUCGCGGAGCUGGCGUCGCCGUUCGGGUCGUCCCCGGAGCGCGUGGCGGCCUACUUCGGUGACGCGCUGUGCGCGCGCGUGCUCAGCUCGUACCUGGGCGCCUACUCGCCGCUCGCGCUCCGCCCGCUGGCGGCCGCGCAGAGCCGCCGCGUGGCGGUGGCGUUCCAGGCGUACAACGCGCUGUCGCCGCUCGUCAAGUUCUCGCACUUCACGGCCAACCAGGCCAUCCUGCAGGCGCUCGACGGCGAGGACUGCCUCCACGUGAUCGACCUGGACAUCAUGCAGGGCCUGCAGUGGCCGGGGCUCUUCCACAUCCUCGCGUCCCGCCCGCGCAAGCCGCGGUCGCUCCGGAUCACCGGGCUCGGCGCGUCGCUCGACGUCCUCGAGGCCACUGGCCGCCGCCUCGCCGACUUCGCGGCCUCGCUCGGCCUCCCGUUCGAGUUCCGACCCAUCGAGGGGAAGAUCGGGCACGUCGCCGACGCCGCGGCGCUCCUCGGCUCGCGCCAGCGGCGGCGGGAUGACGAGGCCACCGUGGUGCACUGGAUGCACCACUGCCUCUAUGACGUGACGGGGUCGGACGUGGGCACGGUGCGGCUGCUCCGGAGCCUGCGCCCGAAGCUGAUCACCAUCGUGGAACAGGACCUGGGCCACAGCGGCGAUUUCCUGGGCCGGUUCGUGGAGGCGCUGCACUACUACUCGGCGCUGUUCGACGCGCUGGGAGACGGCGCCGGCGCGGCCGAGGAGGAGUCCGCCGAGCGGUACGCGGUUGAGCGACAGCUCCUGGGCGCGGAGAUACGCAACAUCGUGGCCGUAGGGGGGCCCAAGCGGACAGGGGAGGUGCGCGUGGAGCGGUGGAGCCACGAGCUGCGGCACGCCGGGUUCCGGCCAGUGUCCCUGGCCGGGAGCCCUGCCGCGCAGGCCAGGCUGCUCCUCGGCAUGUAUCCGUGGAAGGGGUACACGCUGGUGGAGGAGGACGCGUGCCUUAAGCUGGGCUGGAAGGACCUCUCCCUGCUCACCGCGUCGGCGUGGGAGCCGGCGGACGACGCUGCCGCUUCUGCGCCCACCGGUUAACGAGUACAAGACAAGAUUUUUGCAGCAGGUAGAUUAUGAUUUUGGAAUUCAAUUUCAUGCCUGCUGCCAGCCUCGCAGCCAUCCUUGGUGGACUGGUCGUCUUCUCUUCUUGCUGCCGCCCUGCUCGUGUAGGCGUCUUGUGAGUUUGUUUUUGUGAUAUAAUCGUAUAGGCUUCGGCAUUCCUUUCGUUCUCCUACCUCCAGUAUCAAUUACCAAAUCAACUUUGGAUUUUGAAUAUUUAGUAUACUGCAGCUUUGAGUC